UAUAUGGAGAAAUUUAGCAGACCGAUCACACACGUGUUCUGACACCUACAUCGACAAUGGCUGGUAUUUCUGGAACUGAAGAUACCGAUAAAAAGGAUGACACUGCACAGAAAUGUACAAGGGAUAAAUUGGAACGUCCAGCAAAUGACACACAUGAUAUGAACGAAGCAGUUAACAUGAACGGAGGUACAGACAGCCCCCAAAGUGAACUAUCAGAUGACUGUCCAUCCACAGAGAACAGCAGUCAGGAGGAAGGGGAGAGAACUACAGAUGAGGACGAAAAGAAAACAGAGAUCGAUGAGAAAGGAGACAAAAAAAGCAAUGAUCAAGAAGUGGUUCUCAUUCAGGACACAGGAUUUGUGGUGAAGCUGUCAAUCCCUGGAGGAGAGGACUUUGAUCUGGCAGUGAGCUCUAUGGAGCUCGUACAGGAGAUUCACCAGGUGCUGGUAGACAGAGAAGAGACUUGCCAUCGUACAUGCUUUUCACUACAGCUUGACAAUGUCGCACUUGACAAUUUUGCUGAGCUGAAAUCCAUUGAGGGCCUAAAGGAAGGAUCCGUUGUGAAAGUUGUGGAAGAGCCCUAUACUAUCCGUGAGGCGAGAAUCCACGUACGUCACAUCCGCGAUCUACUGAAGUCUGUGGAUCCUUCAGACGCAUACAAUGGAGCAGACUGUUCAUCCCUCUCCUUCCUCAACACUGUCACUGGGGGUGACAUACUAGACAAGAAAAGAAACAAGCCAGACAGUGUUGAUUGUACACCACCAGACUACAUCAUGCCUAAUGCAAAGGAAAGACCUAUUCUUCCCCUCCACCCAGGCAUCAAGGAACUCAAGGGGCCGAAUUGUAUCAAAGUGCUAACAUACAGUGGAUGGAACCCUCCACCAGGCAACAGGAAAAUGCAUGGUGAUCUGCUGUACCUGUAUGUUGUAACACUGGAGGAGAAGAAAUAUCACAUCACUGCCUCCACAAGAGGUUUCUAUGUAAAUCAAUCAACAGAUGAAGAAUUUAACCCUAAAGCUGCUCAGCAGAAAUUUUUAUCACAUUCUUUAAUAGAUCUACUAAUCCAGGUUAGCCCAGCCUUUAAGAAAAACUUUGGUAUACUGCUGAAGAAGCGAGCCCAGAAACAUCCAUUUGAGAGAGUGCCUACACCCUACCAGAUCUACAGCUGGAUGGCCCCCCAGCCCGACCACAAUGUAGACUACAUCCGAGCAGAAGAUGCAUUUUCCACACGACUAGGAUAUGAAGAACACAUCCCUGGACAGACCCGUGAAUGGAACGAGGAGGUACAGACAACACAGGAGCUGCCUCGUAAAACACUGCCCGACAGGCUGAUCAGGGAAAGGGCAAUAUUCAAGGUACACAGUGAUUUUGUUGGAGCGGCUACCCGUGGUGCUAUGGCUGUUAUUGACGGCAAUGUUAUGGCCAUCAACCCUGGAGAGGAAGCAAAGAUGCAGAUGUUUAUCUGGAACAACAUAUUCUUCAGUCUGGGAUUUGAUGUGCGAGACCACUAUAAAGAGUUUGGUGGUGAUGCUGCAGCUUAUUCAGCCCCGGGAAAUGACCUACAGGGAGUGAAGGCAUACUUUAACUUGGAUCAUGAAGGUCUCUACACACUGGGGACUGUAAUCAUUGAUUACCGUGGCUACCGAAUUACUGCUCAGUCCAUCAUACCUGGCAUAUUGGAGCGUGAACAAGAACAGUCUGUUGUCUAUGGCUCCAUAGAUUUCGGCAAAACUAUUGUCACCAAUGAAAAAUAUCAAGAAAUUCUUAAAAAGACAGCAAGCCUAUUAAAGGUCAGACCUCACAAGGUUGUGAAUGAAAAAGGAGAAGAAGUAGAACUGUUUACCUCAUUAGAAUGUAAAGGAAUCAUUGGAAAUGACCGUCGCUACUAUGUCCUGGACUUACUACGUACAUCUCCCCCGGACGUCAACUUCUUACCAAUUGACCUGGAGGAAUUGAGUGCUGUAAUGCAAGAUCAUGGAUUCCCAAGAGAACACCGACAUCGUCUAUCAUGCUUACGACAAGAACUUGUGGAGGCGUUUGUUGAAGCCAAAUAUGUUACAUUUGUGAGACAUGCCGCAAUCAACUACCAACACCUACAAAUGAAGAGACAAGGCAAGGUCCAGUCAGAUGCCAAGGCUGCAAAGGCUGCGCUAACCAACGGCCAUUGUGAGGAAGAGGAAGACAAGGCACUGGAUGAGAAGAAAGAGAAUGUAGUUACAGAGGAGGACAAGAAGUUGGUGGAAGUUUUAACAAACUCGGACCAGGCUGAGCAGGCUGAUCAGGUCGCUCAAAUUAUGCCAGGCAUCGACGUAAAAACUUUGGAGGAGGACACAAAGGAUGUUGUAAAGAAAGCUGCUAAACUUGUCAACUCACUUAGUGAUACAGAGUUUAACAUCACAUUCAACCCUGAUGUUUACCAAGCUCACGUGAAGCAUGCCAAUCCAGAAAGUGAAAAUAUGCGUCGGGAGAAACAGAUAGUAAAGGAUGCUGCCGAAUUCCUGGUUGUGUACCAGAUCCCUUCUCUGAUCAGUGAUUGUAUGGAUCACAGCUCAUCACCUAUCGAUGGAUCAACACUCACAGAGGCUAUGCACACCAAAGGCAUCAAUAUGAGAUACCUGGGAAAAGUGGCCGAGAUGUUGACAAAGUAUCCAAUUCUUUCUUAUGUUUAUACUAUUGCUGUAGGAGAGCUGAUCACACGGGCUGUCAAACACCUGUUUAAAACCUACAUGCAGGGAGUUGACAUGAUGAGUCUGUCCUCUGCUGUCAGUCACUUCCUCAACUGCUUCCUUGGAUCCUACACAGCACCUCACGCUCAACUCACUGCUGAAGAGUUACAGGGCAAGAAAGCCAGACGGAAGAAUAUCAAAAAGAACAAAGCUGCAAUCUUCAGUAUGGACAAUGUGGAAUGGGUUUCAGAGACCCCAAAAACAAUGUGGAAAAAGAUUGUAGAUGAAGUGAAAGACUACUUCUACUUCAAACUGGAUUGUGAUUCUGUUGAUGGCGCCAUGGAGAAGUACGGCCUACAGAGAGUGUCCAUGCUGAGAGAGGUGUGUCGCAGCUGUGGUAUACAGAUCCUCUUACGCGAGUACAACAUGGAGUCCCGGAACAAACAAGUCUUCUACGAGGAUGACAUAGUCAACAUCUUCCCACUAGUCAAACAUAUCCAUCCAAAGGCCUCUGACGCGUACCACUUUUUCACAAGUGGCCAGGCUAAGAUACAACAAGGUCUGCUGAAGGAAGGAUAUGAUCUGAUCAGUGAAGCAUUGAACCUCCUCAACAAUGUGUAUGGGGCCAUGCACCCUGAAGUGGCUGCUUGUCUUCGUCUCAUGGCCAGACUCAACUACAUCCUUGGUGACUAUGGCGAGGCACUGUCGUAUCAGCAGAGAGCGGUACUUAUGAGUGAACGAGUACAGGGGCUGGACCAUCCUAACACAAUCACAGAAUAUUCACAUUUGGCACUCUACUGUUUUGCCAACAACCAAGUGUCCAGUUCUCUACGCUUGAUGUACCGUACCCGCUACCUCGCUUUACUGUGUCAUGGCGAGGAACAUCCCGAAGUUGCUCUAAUCGAUAGCAAUAUAGGCCUGAUCCUACAUGCUGUCGAAGAGUAUGAAUUGUCACUAAGAUUCCUGGAACAUGCUCUACAACUCAAUCAAAAGUUCCAUCGUAAACUUAGCUUGAAGGUUGCCAUGAGCUACCAUCUGGUGGCAAGGACACACUCCUGUCGCGGAGACUUUAGAGCUGCCCUACAAACCGAGAAAGAGGCCUAUGGUAUAUACAAACAAAUGCUUGGCGAGGAACAUGACAGGACUAAGGAGAGCUCUGACUGCCUGAAACACCUCACACAGCAGGCUGUUGUGUUCCAAAAGAAGAUGAAUGAGAUCUACAAGGGAGAGAAGAGCAUCACACUUCCUCCCCUCCAGAUACAGACCCCCUCUAUUGCCAGUGUGAUGGAAACACUUAACGCAAUCAACGGCAUUGUCUUUGUACAGAUCAGCCCAAAUGACCUGGAUAAGAUUAAACAACAGAUGGGACAGACAUCCAUGGAGUCUGCACCAAUUAUCCUAGACAAAACAAAUGGUGUAGACAAACAGAACGGUACAACUGACGAAAAAGGGGACACUCCCGAGGAAAACAACACAGAGGAUAAAGAAAACAUGUCAAAAGAGUGUACUUCAUCAAAAUGUCAGGGUGACAUUGCAGAAAUGAAAGCCAAAGUCAUGCAGCAGAGUCAGGUCCCUCCAGAAGUUGUCGUCGCCAACGGACAGUGAAGCUUGAUACCCCUCUUGUCUGUUCCAUCGAUUGACAGACAAGGUUUACAAGUUUGACUGGUGCCACUGCUCAUUUUAUCAAAUUGUUUUGUUUUUUUUUCACACCAACUUCGUUGGAAGGAGGAAUGAGGUGAUUGAUGAAGAAUUUUCAGAUUGCAUGGGAUUGUAUAAAACAAGGCACUCUGAAGUGAAGGAGUGAUAGACCUGUGGUAAACUAUCUACAGAACAAAUACAUGUCUAGACUGGCACAUGUCAUAGCAUGCAUAUCUGUGAUAAACUUAACUUUGAAACAGUUAUUGUUGAUACUGUUUAGAAAUCAGCUCUGGUUACUGAGAACCUCACAUGCCCAAUGUGUCUAUGUCAAGCUUUUAAUGUAUACAGGAGCACUUCAAAAGCUGGGAACAUUUUUCACUUGUAAUGUACAGCUUCAAAUGUGCUAGCGAGAUCAAAACAUAUCCUGGAUUAUUGAAACCAGAUCAUUGGUACCAUGGUAGUUAGACAAAAUUACUGCAUGUAUUGGUCAGAUAAAUGGCGACUCUCCAAGAUCAAUACUGGACUAGUUUAAAUGUUGUAGGUACUAGGUAUGCAAGCUUGUGUGGUGUAAAGACUGAAAUAUGGUCUGUUCUUCAUACCAAGUACAAAUGCUUUAGACAUCACAGUCAGGACGGACUGCUAGUGCAUGCUGUAGAAUUUUCUGACAUUUAAAGAAGGGUUCUGAUUUGUGGGGAGAGAAAAGUAACAUGAAUAGAUCAGACGAAUGGUUUAUACAACCAAUGUAACCAGUUUGUAAGUCGAUAUAAAAACAUUAUUUUGUUUCAAGCAUUUAAUUUAAUACGUUAUAUUUUGUGUGUGUUUGACAGACACCCUGGGCUUAUCAGACACCCCAGUAUAUAUGUUUCUGUUUUAUAGAUGUGAUCAUUAGUUAGUAUAUUUUGAGUCAUUAUAGUAAUGCUCUUCCAAAACCAUCACCUGGCUAUGGUGUUUUCCCGAGGCUUUAAUAGGAAUGGAACUUGGUCUAGACUGUUGAUGAUGUGCAUGGCCAGUUUUCUUAAUUCAAAAAAAAAAAAAAAAAAAAAGAUUGAAAACUGAGGUAAAUCUGCUAAACUUUGAAAUACAGAUUUGUAUUUUAUGACAUGUUUGCCUACUCUAUAAUUACGUAUAUCUCUGGUGGAAACAAUAUUUCCGAAAAAGCAUAUAGGAAUUUAAUACCUGAACAAUUUUUUAUGGACAUGAAAGUAAGGUGACUUACUGUAAUAGAUGGAUGUCUUCCACACUCCUCUUUGGACGUGUUUGAUACAGAUGUGUCGACAGGUGAAGUUUUAGUCACUAUCAGAUCAUCAUUGUAAAUGUAUAAGUUCAGAUCAUUUGUACAUAGGUCAUCAUUCAAUCCUUGUCAUUAGUUUUCAUCUUCCAGAGAGACUAGAAUCAUUUGAGCUGAUCUCUGAAUAAUAAGUGGUGUCUGCGUAUACAAAGUUAUACAAUGUAUAUAAACAGGAGAAACCCACAUAUCAGUAUCUGUAGGAGAGAUUUUAAAUGUGUGUUGCAUCCAAGUUCAAAUUUCAAUCAAAAUUAUAAAUAGUGAACACAUACUUUGGCUAUAUGCAACAAACAGAUGUACGUAAGCAUCUCCUAGGAAACUACAAAUUUUGACUUGGAGUUUAUUCAUGAAUACAAUGUAAAAAUGACAGGAAUACAGGGAUGAAAAAGUCUGUGUGGUGUUGUGUGAUAUUUAGUGAAAUGACGGUGCAUGUUAUAGAGUAGUUAUAGGGGUCCGUACUGUUAUUGUGUGAUAUAGGUAUUGUGUGAAUAUUAUCUCUAUAACAUGCCUGGGUAGAUAAGGCUAGUGGGUAGAUAUGGAGAUAAACCAUGUCUGUUUUAUCUCACUAAUUUACCUAGGUAGAUAAGGCUAGUGGGUAGAUAUAAGGAUAAACUGUGUCUGUCUUACCUUGCUAAUUUACCUGGGUAGAUAAGGCUAGUAGGGUUGACAUGGGGAUAAACCAUGUCUGUUUUAUCUCACUAAUUUACCUGGGUAGAUAAGGCUAGGGAUAAACCAUGUUUGUUUUUACUCGCUAAUUUACCUGGGUAGAUAAGGCUAGUAUGGUAGAUGAGGAUAAACCUCGUUAAAAUGGCAUUUUUUUACUGUGGGUUAAGAUAUUGUUCUGCAUUUAAAUGGAUAGUGUCAAGCCAAGUGCAUUUAAGGCAUUGAUGGGGAACAUAUAUUGUUCCUUAAAGGGGAGAUAACUGAUACAGAAGUUUUACUUAAAAUGUUACCUAAUCAGAUUAAAUGGAUUUGACUUUCCACUGUAGAUUCUCUAGUCAUCUAUACUGUGGUAUAGAAGAAGAAAAAAUUGUAAUGUAAGUCAAAAUAAUUUCAAACAAACAAGUAAAUGAGGUUUAUUGCUAAACAGUUAUUUUCAAAUUAAUUUUGGAUGUGCAGCAUGCUUUAGAUGUUUUAAUGACUGUUUUACUGCUUGUUGAUACCUGUAGAUAACCGCCUGUAACGCAUGCUGUCUGGCCCAGUCCUGGAGGAUGGGUACAGGGUAUCUCUGUUUAUCCUACCUGUAGAUAACCGCCUGUAACGCAUGCUGUCUGGCCCAGUCCUGGAGGAUGGGUACAGGGUAUCUCUGUUGAUCCUACCUGUAGAAGGGGCUAUCCAUAUGUUACUAGGGUGGGCUGAACAUAUUCAGCCAUCGCCACUAGUAUGUAGUUAAUUGACUUCCUGUCUUGAGACAAACAAGGGAACAAUAUGAAUAUAUUCCAGUAAACAGCCCAAGAACUAGUGACCUUCCCCUGAAAUUUCUCCCCCACUGAGUGGAGUCAUUACUCCCAAUAUGACAACAAGUGACAUUAUUGGUCGAAAUUUAAAGGACUGUUUCUUAUUUGCAUAAAGAGAUAUUAGUUAUGAUUUAUCAUAUAAAAACACUGACUGCGUAGUUGUGAACAUUUUUUUUUUUUUUUUGCUGAUUUUUUAAAAGUUUGAUUCUUUCACCAAAGGAAUAAGAUUAAAAGACUGAUUAUGAGAUGAAAUUUAUGCAACAGAAAACAUUUGUUUCUGUAUUAAAUCAAUGAGUAAACACCAGUAUACUGAUAUGGAUAUACAUAUAUCAGUAAAUUGAUAUGUCACCUUGUAAGUCAGUGACCAUGACCUUGUGGGUUGACCUUUCACCCUUAACCGGUAGUCCUAGUAUUGAUUGGCUUGUAGACGUUACAUUCCAAAUUAUCUUGCACUUUUAGUGUUUAUGUAGAGUGAUUGUAAAAUAAUAUGUAUUAUUACCUGCUUUAGUUGUUCAAAGACUGACGAACUGAAAGUGCUAUGCAGAUAUCCUUGACAAUUUGCCAAUUUUUGCCAUAUAAAAUCACUCUCAGCUUAUAACAGACCUUUAAUGAUUUUUUUUUUCUGUCCAUAUUGACAGUGAAUUAUGUAGUUUAAAUUUACUGUAGAACAUUACUGAUGCACAUACAAAAGUAGAUGAAAGUUUCAGUUUAAAAUUGAUUGUGAUGUCUAUAGUUUAUGAACAAGCAUGAGUUCUGAUAGACCUGGGUAAAGUUUAAGAGUUGAUGCAUUUAGUCAGGAGUGGUUUCUAAAACCCAUGUAGCAUUUUAGUAAUAAGUAACUGUAUAUUAAUUUCAAGUCUUUCACAUAAAAAGAUUCAUUUAAGAUUUAUUUUUCAUAUACAUCACACGUUAAUAUUAUAUAUUAUACCUCUUAUAGAGAUGUGUAUAAACCAAAUACAUUAUUUUAUUUUAUGCAUUUAAUUGUCUAGAUUUGUUGAAAUGAAAUUAUUAUGGAACAUUUUACAAUAAUAAAUAGGGUCGAUACCGGAUUACUUCCCUUGAUCAUAUUUCAGUUGUACAGAACAACAGAAUUCCCCACUGUCAUUGAUUUUGAUGGAAAAAUCCAGUUUGUAAGUUUCCAUAGCGAUGUAUUUACAUAUGAUAUCACAGACUCUGAUUUAUUAUUCUAGUCAUUGGUCAAUGGUGUAGAAAACAAUGUACAUCUCACAAAAUAUAUAAAGUAUAUAGCAGCUCGCUGCUUGUAUGGGUACCCAAACUAUUGUUUAAUAUACUGGUGACUUUAUAUAGAUAACCGAAGACUGCAAAAACAGUGUUAACACAGUGUUGAGAGAACACUUCAGAAAGAGUACAGCAAUAUAGUAGAUCCUAUAACGGGAUCACUGGUUUAUAUUACUAUUCUUACGCUCCACCGAUCGAGCUAUAGAGAAGAUCUCUCUAGCCGAGUGGUAUAUUGCAGGUAGUAUUUACCAGGGUUUACAAUAGCGUUAGCAUUAAGAGGUCUGCUACAAUUCUGGUACUAGACUGAACACUGCUAUGAACAUUAUCAUGGGGAGGUAAUCCGGCAGUUGAUGUGUGGUUUGAGUUGUGACGUUUGUAUAAUAACCAGUAUAGAGGGGAGGUAAUCCGGCAGUCAGUUGUGUGGUUUUUUAAUUGUGUUCACAUUUUAGUGUAUUUUAGUAAAUUGCAUGAAUCGAAAAUAUGUUCUUGAAAAUAUUUCAUAGUUGAAUCAAAUUAUUUUCAAAUGAAAUCAAGUACUUGUUUACCAUUUUAUUAUCUUUUGAUAAUAUUAUGAUUUGUUUAAGAAUAAUUUACAUUAAAACAUUAAUGUGUGUGUAUAUAUAUAUAUAUAUACAUACAAUACUGUAAUAUGAUUUUAAAGGAAAGAAAGAGCUGUCUGCAAAUGAAAUAUAUAGUGAGAGCAAUAGAGGUCUCUUGAUAAGAUUUAAAAUUAGAUGCUCAGGUAUAUGUUAACACUGACACAAGUACACCUAUUGUAUAUUAUGUGUUGUUAUUUUACCAGAUUAUACUUUACCUGUAUUAUAUAGAUAUAUUAUAUAACCAAAAAGUUCAGGGUGACUGAUGCAUUGUAAAAAAUCUACACCAAUAUCCAUCCAUUUGUUAACCUAGCCUAUUGCCUGCUGCUGUAGUUAUUGGCAAAUAAGCCCCUUCAAUUUUGUAUAAUCAUCAAUUUUAAAAUUGUAGGCUAAGUGUUUCCCCGAUUAGCCCUCCCAAAAUUUAAUGCUAAACUUUUAACAAGGAAAGUGAUUUAUUAGAGGAUAAAAAUAUGAUAAUUCCCUUGAUUCUUAAGAAAAAUUGAAAAAUAUAGAAAACUAGGCACAUUAUGUAUUCUUGCUAGACUAGUUUAUAGAUUUAUAAUACACAUGACCAGCAAUAGGUAGUCUAGGAUAUAUGAAUAUAAAUGUACAUGUAAUAGCAAGUGUCAUGAAAUGUGCAUUUAGCAUUUAACCUUAGUAAAAUUUGUCUUGAAAUAUGAUGAUCAAAUUAACAGUGUUUUUGUGGUAGCUUGUCCAACGAAGUGUAAUUGCAGUACAAGAGCUUUGUAUCUACUGGGAACUUAUGCAUGUAAAAAUGGUUAGACGUUUACAUAAUAAUUUGGUUGGUUCCAAGAUUUUUUUUUUCAUGAAUAUAUUUUCUGCAUUGUGAGGUAGUGUACCAUAUACUUGUGUGUUAUCAUGAUCCAUAACAUCAUAUCCAAGACUGGUUUGGAUGUCGAAAUCAUCAAUAAAACUAGUAAUUACUAGCAACA